UGUGAGUCAUUGUGUCUGUGGCGAGGCGUUUGGGAGGGCCUAGGUUGGUGUGCGGUGCCCUUCGGCCGGGUUGAGCCCGGGAGUCAGCCGUGCUUGGUUGCUCGGUGUCCCCAGGCCACUCCGGAGACUCACGGAAUAGUGCAGAAACCAAUAGAAAACAGUUGGCUGGGACAGAAACGCCAGCCUGAUCCUGUUGGACCCCACCAGUUCCCCAAGCCUGAAUGAUGACUGCUGAGUCAAGGGAAGCCACGGGUCUGUCCCCACAGGCUGCACAGGAGAAGGAUGGUAUAGUCAUCGUGAAGGUGGAAGAAGAUGAGGAGGAGGACCACAUGUGGGGGCAGGACUCCAGCCUGCAGGAGACGCCACCGCCCGACCCAGAGGUAUUCCGCCAGCGGUUCAGGCGCUUCUGUUACCAGAACACUUUUGGGCCUCGAGAAGCUCUGAAUCGACUAAAGGAACUUUGUCAUCAAUGGCUUCGACCCGAAGUCAACACCAAGGAACAGAUCCUGGAGCUGUUGGUGCUGGAGCAGUUCCUGUCCAUCCUGCCCAAAGAGCUGCAAGUCUGGCUGCAGGAGUACCGGCCGGACAGCGGAGAGGAAGCCGUGACUCUUCUGGAAGACUUGGAGCUUGAUCUGUCAGGACAGCAGGUCCCAGGUCAAGUUCAUGGGCCUGAGAUGCUUGCCAGGGGGGUGGUGCCUCUGGAUCCAGUUCAGGAGUCCUCAAGCUUUGACCAUCACGAAGCUACCCGCUCUCAUUUCAAGCAUUCAUCUCGGAAGCCUCGCCUCUUGCCAUCCCGAGCUCUCCCUGCCACCCAUGUUCCUGCCCCUCAUCAUGAGGGGAAUCCCAGAGACCAGGCGAUGGCAUCUGCACUAUUGACCGCAGAUUCCCAGGCAAUGGUGAAGAUCGAGGAUAUGGCCGUGUCCCUCAUCCUGGAGGAGUGGGGAUGUCAGAACCUGGCUCGGAGGAAUCUCAAUAGGGACAGCAGGCAGGAGAAUUUGGGGAAUGUGUUUUCCCAGGGUUCUGAAAACAGGAAUGGGAAUGAGUCAACCUCAAAGGCUGACGUCAAAGAAGAUUCCACCUUACGUGGGGAGACAGCAGGAAGAUUCCAGAAAGAAUUUGGAGAGAAACGUGAACAGCAGAGCAGAGUAGUUGAAAGGCAGCAGAGAAACCCUGAAGAAAAAACUGGCAAAGAGAAGAAAGAGCCUGGGCCACCUACAGCCAAGGAAAAGAAGCCCGCUGCAGGAGAGAGGGGCCCAAGGGAGAAGGGCAAAGGUCUGGGAAGAAGCUUCAGCCUGAGUGCAAACUUUAAUAACACCCCCGAAGAGCUUCCAUCGGGAGCAAAGACUCAUAGGUGUGAUGAGUGUGGGAAAUGCUUCACAAGAAGCUCCAGCCUUAUCCGCCAUAAAAUCAUCCACACUGGAGAGAAGCCCUACGAAUGUAAUGAGUGUGGGAAAGCCUUCAGUCUCAAUUCAAACCUUGUCCUACAUCAGCGAAUCCACACAGGAGAGAAACCUCAUGAAUGUAACGAGUGUGGCAAAGCCUUCAGUCAUAGCUCAAAUCUCAUCCUGCACCAGCGCAUCCACUCUGGAGAGAAACCCUACGAAUGUAAUGAGUGUGGCAAAGCCUUCAGCCAGAGCUCAGACCUCACGAAGCACCAGAGAAUCCACACGGGGGAGAAGCCCUAUGAAUGUAGUGAAUGUGGAAAAGCUUUCAACCGAAACUCAUACCUUAUUUUGCACCGGAGAAUUCACACUCGAGAAAAGCCCUACAAGUGCACUAAGUGUGGUAAGGCCUUCACCCGGAGCUCAACCCUCACGCUGCACCAUAGAAUCCAUGCCAGAGAGAGAGCCUCAGAAUACAGCCCAGCCUCUCUGGAUGCCUUUGGAGCAUUCCUGAAAAGUUGUGUGUAAAGCAAUAGCAUGUCAUCAAACCACUUCCCCGCUUUGUUUCUAAAAUUAUGUCAGACAUAUAUGGCCAUCAAGGGAAAUGUAAUAACACCAUCAAAUUGUUUGAGAAGUCACACGUAAGGAUCCUUAAGAGUUACAUCGACAGUGUUCUGCCUUCAGGUGGUCUAUAGGCAUGUAAUUCUUAGAGUCCUUGCAAGGGAGAGCUGGUCCUACGAUAUCCUUCAAAAUAUUUCCACUCGCGAUAAAAGCACACACAGUGAAAUGCCAAGCUUUCCAGUAAUGGGUAUACCAAUCAAGACUAGCUCUGUGAGUAUUCCACUGAAGUUAAGAAGCCACGUGCUGCCAACAAGGCCUACUUGGACAACCUGUAUUUCUUAAUGAAGAGAGACAGUUAAUACAAAAACUACAUCGGGACAUGCUGCUCGAGCAAGUUAUAUAUCCAGAAAGUUGUCUAUCUGAUCACUGGUAACCUGCCAAAGCUAUAGAAAUCUAGGACUUUGCUGAUCAGAAUCAAACCAAAGAUUUCUAUCUCUCUGAAAGAGAGGGUAUAUGCACCAGUUUGUAGUUCUACGGACUGUAACAAAUGUGGGUGUCUCUGCCAUCGUUGGCGAGGUCAGGCCUACUGAAAUAGCAACAAUUGAAGAUGCUUCUCUCCCUCUUCAAUGUCCCUAAAGCAUUCUAGCACUCCUAAAUGCACUCUCCACAAGUUGGCACUUGAUUAUAUACUGUCUUUUAAUCCUUCAUCGUUCAGUAUACGGAAGCUUUUAUUACCCCUCUCCCCCCAAAAAAAGAAAAGAUGCUUCAGUUGUCAAGAAAUACAGUUAUGUCCUGACAGCACAGCACUGGAUGUAUACUAAACACACACAAGGCACUCCUUAUGACAGACUUCCAACAGGACUGUCGUAUUUGUGAUAGAGCCUGUGAAUCGUGAGUACCUGAAGUACGGUACCUUCAGAGCUCUAGGCCGUGCUCUAACUUAUUCUAGGGACAAUGUAAUUUUUGUCCUAAGUAUAAGCAAAAGCUUGUUUAGCUGCCUGCAGAGACUCUGUAAACAUGGAUCAGUAAGUAAAUACCACAGAAUGUCAAAAAAUGACUUUGGUCAUCCACUUACAGAAGAAAAAUAUGAACACUAACUAUAAAGUUUUUGUUUGUUUGUGUGACAUCAUUCCACUCAAAGCUCUUAUUCUUGGCCAGAAUUCUUCUCGGUCAGCUGCUGAGUAGUUGUCUUUUGAGUAUUUGCUGAGUUGUUCAAAAUUUAGCUAAAGCUCUUCAAAAGAUGUGAUGGGUUUUUGUUGUUAUUGUCCUUUUGUUUGUUUUUGUUUUUAAUUCUCAGAAAAAGGGAAAGCUAAAGGGAGCAUUUUUUCCACAUUUGAGCAGAGACUUGUAGAAGUAUCUGUCAUUAGCUGGCAGUAGCUGAAGAUGUCCUCUUGCUCUGGGACUUCCACCACCACACUGUGGUAUGGUUGGUUGUGUCAUUGUGUUUAAUAGCACACGGCGUCUUUUUUAAUCUCUCCUGAAAGACUGACGUGAGUUUGGGGGACUUUAGCCUUUCCUAUAUCUCUGCAGGUGGCUUCCCAGAAGCUCUUGAUGGAGACUUAACACGUACAGGAGACCCAAGUCUGGACUACGUAGGUGUCGGGGGCUUGAACAGACCACUCUGUUAAUGAGAGCAUGAAAGUGUGGAGAGCCCUGCAGAGCCCUAGAAACAUAAGCUAAAGAUAAACUUGAAGACUAUUGACAUGAACACCCCACGAACGGUUUGAGAUUUCCCCUCAAGAAACAAUGAAAAUCAUCUUGCAUUAACCAGCAUCAAAAGUCCGUGAGACGCAAUAGCAGGUCUCAUCAGGUUGGUGCCUGUGUGGCCUCAGUUUCAGGUCAAACUAGAAUCCUACAAGCAAUCAUGAUCUGGUCCCUCUUUGACUUUCUUAGACCAGUCACACGUGAGUGACAGUGUCUAAGCUGUUUGCUCAGAGCUGCCUGUGAGUGUUUGUGUCCACCUAACCGAAAAGCAGCAGAGACGCUCCAAAGGCUACACCGGUUCACCUGGAGUGAGGUGGAGCUGGAGAUGCUUUAAGGCUCUUACAAAAGGAAUGAAUCACGUGCACUUGUGAGAACUCUGACUUGCUAAAAAGCAACUGAAAUAAGGUUCAGGACCCUGGGAGCCCAUCCAGUCACUGGCUUUGAUCCCAAGAAAGGACUUUGGUCAUCUCCCUGUUGGCUGCUUAUACACAGAUGUACACAACUACAUGCUGACAUACUUCAGCCGGCACUCCAGGGCUUUGGUUUUAAAUGAAAUUAAGACAGGUCUGUGCCCCCCCACCCACCCCUCAUUUGGUUCCCGUUUUAUUGGGACAUGUUGCUAUUAGAUAGUCACUGGAGUGGCUUCAGAUCUUCCACAGAUGCACUCCUGGAGGCAGCCAUCGGAAGAUGUGUUUUACUUACAAAGCAGGUUAUAGGUGGUUGUCAAAAUGUCUUAGAUGUUCGGCACGGUAUCACUGCAUCAUGGUCCAAAAGGCUGACAUCUGUAGUGCUCAGGAUGGCUGUUACCAGUUAAGUGCUUACUAGUUAAUCAUUAGCAUGCUAAUGUUGACCUGAGGGGACUUUUUUGAAGACUUUUUACCUGAAAUUUAACCUUAUGACAAAAGUCAAAUUCUUCAAGUUGUGGACUUUCUACUUCAGCCUGGCAGGCAAGGCUAAGCAUAGAUGUGUGAGACAACUUGAUAUGUAAAGCACUUGAUAUUAAAGGCAUAAACAUGAGACUGCUAACUGUGUGUAAAGAGACUGACAUGUUUAAUAUGGGGACAGUCCACACCUUAUAUACAUCAGAAAAUUGAUUCCAGAAUGGGACCUAGUCUGAGUGUGAUGUCUGCAAAGCUUACACUGUAAAUAAACUCUUAAUGUCUGUGAGGCCAACUUCAUAGUACUCAUUGCUUUGGACGUGAAAUUCCCUUGGUCUGUUCCAGUCAUGCAGUAAGUUCCAGAAACUGCCAAGAGAGCUCAGUCUUAACUCCAGAGGAUCCACAGGAGGAAACAAGUAUGGGGAAAUGCUAAAGAACUAGUAAAAAUGUACAACUUCUUACAGAAAUUGUUAACUUGGGUACCUCGAUAUAUUUUGUAAGGCCAUAAUGUCAGUGUGUUUUUGUACCUCACCCCUCCUGUCUUUUUUUUUUUUUUGAGAGUUUCUCUGUGUAGCUUUGGAGCCUGUCCUGGAACUUGCUCUGUAGCCCAGGCUGGCCUGUCAUUCUUUAUAGUCCUUGUAAACCUGUUCGAAUCUGUUGAACAGAACGGAUCACCGAAGAGAAAAGUGAAGUUUUGGAAUAAUUAAGAAGCUGGUGUGGUUGUAAACAUAAUUAGUUCACAGAAUUAGGCGUGGGGAGAAAACUUCUCAGGCUGGUGCUUGUUGAGUUUGUGAGAAGAGAUCAGUAGAACACGAAGUGGAGCAGCUUCUGUAAAUGCCCCUUCCAAGCUGCCUGGUCUAUACCAAUCAAAGGGAAUGGGUGGCUUCUGGCUUGGCGGUGGGCAGAGGGCCUUCUCCAUUGUUAAUAUAUUUGAGGGGACGUACACUCAGCAGAGGAUAGGAAGUAUACAGAACAGCUAGCCUGCCCAGAUUCUGUGAACCAUAGUACCACAGUUCUGUUUUCCCUCUCAUAACCCUCUGUUCUUAGACACGUGGAGACUUGGCCCACAGGAAGGGCUGUUUUCCAGGAAACACACUGGGUCUUGGUGGGGAGGUGGGGGCUAGCUAUCUCAAGAGUUUGAGAAGCAUUGGGAGAUUUGCUUUAACUCUACUGCAAGGCCUGUCCUUGCUCCCAUUCUCUGGCACAUUUAUGCUUAGGAGACUGAAAAUUCAUAGCUGUGAAUAUUUAUUGGUUUAAGUUUUUAAUCCUAGAAUUGUCAACUUUAUUUCCAAUAGGUAUGCUGAUCUGUUUAUCAAAAGGGAAUUUAAUCAGGUUCACCUUGCCAUCCUUGUGGAAGGCUAAUUUUGUCACUUGCAGUGACAAAGCUGGAACACUCAAUACAGCAAGCUUGCCAGGAGAGCCCUUUUCUGCGUCCACUCUCAGAAGUGUGCAUGAGAGGGCUGGGGGUGUGGUUCCAUCCCCAGGAUUUCAUCUAAAAGAUGUGUCGGCGGCACUGUAAUCCUAGCACGUGGGAGGUAAAGGCAAGAGGAUCGGAGUUUGAGACCAGCCUAAACUGCAGGAGAUCCUAUCAAAAAAUAUAAGUAUGUGUGUAUAUCUAUAAGGGAGCCAAGCGUAGUGGUACAGGCCUGUAAUCCCAGCACUCAGGAGGCUGAGACAGAUCACAAAUUCACAGCCAGCCUGUGUCCACAGAAAUAGGAAUAUGUUGGAAUUCCCUAUUAGAGAAGCAAAGGUCUGUGCAUUGAAUGAAAUAUAGAACCAGAGAGGCAAACUUAAAUGGUAUAAAUAGAUCACUUCAUAGAAGUUAGGGUAGAUUUUUAUUUCAGCUACAACUAGAGACAAUGAGCAUUGUUGGAAAGUUUUUCUAACAUAGAUCUACGCUUUGCUCUUCGUAUGGAAAUACUACUGUACAUUUUAAAGCAGUUGCUUAUUUUGCUAUUCAGAUUUUGUAUUAUGUCUGAUAAUACUUGUUUUGCUUUUCAAAACUUUGUAAAACAAACUUGAAGUUAUAGGUAAGGUAAGCCAUCUCUAACACUGCAGGUCAAACAUAAGCUUGGGAAGUCCUUUUGCCAUUCCAUGAUAACUAACGUCUUCAUAUGAGAACUUCGUUUCCUGUUGUCUGGUUCUCUUUCCUAGUUGGUCCCACUGAUCCCAUGCUUUUCUCUAAUAUUCUAAACAGCAGAAUGGAGAGAAUGAAGAUUAGCCAGCUCUGAACCGUGGUCCCAAUGGAAAAAAACGGAAUCAUGGUCUGCUGUGAUUUUUGAGGUCUGGUUUUUUGGGGUUUUGUUUGUUGGUUGUUAUUGGAGGUUUCGACACACCCCCUUCCAAAAAAACUGACUCAACUUCAAAUUACACGGCCCUUAGCCAAGUUAAUUGGUCUUUAAAAUGGUUUCAGUUCACAAGCACUCGCUAAGUAAAUGUGGUCCAGUGUUCAAAGAUAGAAAGAAUGAGAUUUGUGAAAGGUUGGAAGAGGCUGGACCAAAACUUGUAUUUCAUUCCAGUUUGAGAUUGGGGUUAAAUCCUUUUGGUCCACAAAAGGGGGACCAGUCACACUGAGUCUCACUUAUCCUGUAGUCUCUGGACAAAAUUAGAUGUGUUACAAAAGAACGGCUAAGAACAUUCCAAUAGCCUCAUGAUCUGCUAAGAAAAUACGGAGGGCAGAAAGACAUCUCUGGUGGGGGAUGGGGUGCUUCCUCACCACCUCCUCGUCUUAACUGGUAACAGCUUGAAGUUGCCAGUCUGCCCUAGCUGGACUAGAGUGUAAGACUUAGGUAGACUUCCUUGGUGAGUGGUAUGGCUCAGUAAAGAACAUUUACUUAGAGUGUCCCCUGAGGGUGAGUGGCCCCAGGAUGUGGUGCAGCACUUGCAUGGAAUUCCCUAGUGAGAGGUGGGGCAUGGUUAAGCAGAGCACUUGCUAGAAUACCCCAGUAAUGGGCUAUGGUGUGACUCAGGAGUAGAGCAAUUGCCUACCAUAUGCAAGGCCCUGGAUGCAGUCUCCAGCAUUGUCCCUGCCCAAAAGAAAUGCUUCUGCUGGUAGUGAGGAUUACCAGUUUAUUGCAACUUGUGGGGUAUGGGUGGGAGGAAGAUAGUGAUUAAACAGAAAAAUCUUGUCCUGAGAAUAUGAGCGUUAAGGGUUAGGGUGGUUAUGCAAGCAAAAACAAUUAUUUUGAGUGUAUUUUUAUAAACUUUUAGUUAAAGAUUGUUAUAACCAGGUCAACAUGCUAAGCAUAAAUCUAUAGUUAACUCAGGCACUGUCUUUUUGUUUAGAGGCUAGAUAAACGAUCCUGUUUUGUUCAUUCCCAGCUUAUAUUAGCAUCAAUUAGACCCAAAGAACAAACUUUGUAUGUCAGCAGGAUUAAAUCAUUGCUGUUAAAAACUGGAUUUUUUUAUUUGACCAGCCUCUGAAGAGUCCAGAUGCUUAGUAGAUGUUCAAUAAAUACUUUUAAAUGGAA